AUGCUUGCUUCUCGGCGUGGGGCUGCAACCUUGCGAGCGUCCGUCCCGCACCGACUCGAGUUUCCGGCUUCCUCUCGUCGGUGGUCCAGCUCUGCCGGUCGUUCACCGUCUGUCCCUCGGUCAAGCUGGUCCUGGUCACGGCCGCGCUUUGUUUCCGGUCCUGUCGCUGGUACUCUGCUCCGCCAGUACGCGGCAGGGCCGCGGCCGCCACCCAAAACGCCGCCCGACCACCGCGAUCUCGGGGUGCAGCAGGAGCUCUUCACGACGUCCAUCUACAGUCCUGGGUCGCCAAUCUUUCUGCCCAAUGGCGCGCGCGUCUUCAACCGGCUGGUGGACUUUCUGCGCAAGCAGUACGUGCGCUACGGCUUCCAGGAGGUCAUCACGCCGACCAUCUACAAGAAGGCCCUGUGGGCCAAGUCGGGUCACCUGGAGAACUAUGCGGACGACAUGUUCACGGUGACGAGCGCGUCGCUGGCGACAGGCGAGCGGCGGGGCGAAGGAGGCGCGACUCCAGGUCCCCAGGACCUGGAGGACGAGUACGGCCUCAAGCCGAUGAACUGUCCGGGACACUGCCUCAUCUUUGCGGCGCAGCGCCACAGCUACCGCGACCUGCCGAUCCGGUACGCCGACUUCAGUCCGCUGCACCGCGACGAGCUCUCGGGCGCGCUCAGCGGGCUGACGCGCGUCCGGCGCUUUCACCAAGACGACGGUCACGUGUUCUGCCGACCGGAUCAGGUCGAGGCCGAGAUCCGCGCGACGCUCGACUUUGUGCGCCACACGUACGACGUCCUCGGCCUGGGGCCCUACCGGCUGGUGCUGUCGACGCGGCCGCUCGACGGCCAUCUCAUCGGCACGGCCGACGACUGGGACGCGGCCGAGGAUGCGCUCCGCCGCGCGCUCGACCACAGCCAUUCUGCCUGGACGGUCAGCCCGGGCGACGGCGCCUUUUACGGGCCCAAGAUCGACGUCGUCCUGCGCGAUUCGGACGGCAAGGAGCACCAGACGGCCACCGUGCAGCUCGACUUUCAGCUGCCGAAGCGCUUUGCGCUGACGUACCAGGAGGCGGUGCCCAAGACCAAAGCCGAAGUCGAAGCUGCGCGUCCGGUUCUCAUCCAUCGCGCCGUCCUCGGCUCGGUCGAGCGCCUCAUGGCCCUCCUCAUCGAACACUACGACGGCCGCUGGCCCUUCUGGCUCAACCCGCGCCAGGUCGCCGUCCUCACCGUCAACGACAGCGAGCCCGUCGUCGCUUUUGCUCGUCACGUGCAGGCCGUCCUCAACGGCACCGCCGAGACGCAGGACGUCCCGCUCGGGUCCCUCUCGGCGCCGACGCUGCUCGCCGCCGUCGACCUCGACGAUAGCGCACGCACGCUGCCCCUCAAGGUGCGCGAGGCCCGGUCCAAGGGCUACGGGGCCGUCGUGGUCGUCGGACCCAAGGACGUGGCGCGCGGCACUGUCGCCGUCGACCUGUCGGGCAUCCCCGUCCAGGAGCAGGCAGAACGGUCGACGAAGUCGGUCGACAUGAAGCCGGAGGAAUUGCUGGCGCUGUUGCUGCAAAAGGCGAGCACGUACCAAUAG